AAUAUGAAAUUAUUCACACGCGGACGCAUGACAAAAGCACACAUUAACAGUUACCUUUAGCAACGUUAUUAAAUUUUUAACUUUAAUUAUUUAUUAAAGAAAAACAACAAAAAUGAGGAAUACCACAAUUCCACUGUCUCCAAUUUAUUUUAAUGUGGCUGAAUAUUGCUUAUUCGGAAUCAAUUUGGGUGUUGUUAUUGGAAUUAUCUUGUAUUUUCUGUUUGUGAAUAAUAAAUACAAUACAGUGGCUGGAUUUCUGUUUGGUGGUAAAAACAUGUCUGUCGUAUCAAUUUCUUUGGCUUUGGUAGCUAGUCACCUAACAAGCAUAACGUUACUCGGUGUGCCAGUUGAGAUAUAUCUUCGAGGCACUCAGUAUUGGGCAUCAGCGCUGUCGCUUAUCAUUGUCACUUUCUUAACAGCUGUGAUUUAUUUGCCUGUUUUCCACAGACUGCAGCUGUCAUCUAGUUUCGAAUAUUUAGAAAUAAGAUUUUCUACACACACACGAACAAUUGCGGCAGUUUUGUUUGUGGUUAGCAAGCUGAUGCUGUUGCCAAUUGUGCCUUAUGUACCACUCAUGGCAUUUAGAUUAGUAACAAAUCCUCAAGCAAGUCGUAUCACAGCAGUGAUAUGCGUUGCUUGCUCCACUUUUAUUGCCGUUGGUGGCUUACGAGCUAUAGUCGGGAUUGGCAUAGUGACGACUUUCCUGGCUUUUGCUGGCACUGCUCUACCGAGUGGUCUAGCUCUAUUGCCAUUGGGCUUCAAACAAAUGUGGGAGAUUGCUAGUCAUGGCAGUAGAUUGGUUAUUUAUGACCCAGAUCCUGAACUUGCUCACCACACCUCAUUUUUCGUAGUAACAUUGGCUUUAAGCACAAAUUGGCUUUGGAAAAUAGCUCUCAGUCAGUCUUCUCUACAAAAACUCUUAGCCGUGCCCACAAUCAGCAAAGCCAGAAUAUGUUUGGCGAUCUCCUGCGUUGGGAUAAUACUCAUGAAGUUAUUAUCAUGUUUCCUCGGACUGGUGUUGUAUGCCUGGUUUGCUGGCUGCGACCCGUUGCUGACUGGACAGAUAAAGAAACAUGAACAAUUGGUACCUCAUUUUCUUAAUAAUUUAUCAACCAUGUUUCCAGGGAUCUGUGGUAUCUUUAUAAUUUCAAUCUUUAGUGCGACUACGGGCUGUAUUGCGUCUAUCAUAAAUUCAAUAUCAGGAGUUGUGUUUGAAGAAUUUAUUAGACCAUGGAUGCCUCAGAGUACAAAUGAAUUGGCGUGCUGCAAAAUUAUGAAGCUGUUAUGCUUAUUGGUGGGAUUAUAUUGCGCCUCUGUGAUAUGGAUAGCGAACGAACUGGACCGCCUCCAACACGUAGCUUCAGGCGUCACGGGUGUAACAGCGGGCACUCUCCUCGGCCUUUUCACUUUGGGUAUCGUUUUCUCAAGAGCAAAUUGUUCUGGAGCGUUGAGCGGUUGCAUACUGAGCCUACUACUCUGUGGCUGGCUGCUCAUCGGUGCCGAGAACGCUUUAGCAACAGGGGCGUUGACCUUUCAGGGCAAGCCGCUUGUCACCACGGGAUGCGGCAAAGCGAACUUUACUCAUUUGGUGAACGUGACAACAAUCCUUUCUAACGCUGCCUCCCAACUGCCUGUGAAGCCCUUACAAUCUCUCUUCCGAAUCUCCUUCACAUACUGUCCAUUCGCUGGAGCGGUUGCUGUGCUCAUCAUAGGAGUCCCCAUGAGCUACCUCACAGGAAAGUCGAAGACAGAUUCCAUGAACCCAGAUGUCUUCUGUCCUCUCACCCAGAGUUUCCUGCACAAGUUACCAGCAAGAAGUCGGUCCGCUUCUUCUGAAUUUAGAACUCCUAACACCCAAGAAGUGUACAUGGCACUCGAUGAAGCUCUGAAACAUUUGAAAGAAGUUAUUGAUCGGUAAAAUAAAGAGACUGAGAUUUUG